CGCUAACUUCCUUGAUGAUGUGUUAAUUACAUAAGCACACGCAAAUAAAUCGCGGGAAAGGGAAAAAAUGGCGACUCGUGGGGGCAAGGAGCUGUGAGGAGCAAGUGGGCGGACUGACACUCCCUGCAUUGCCCUGCCCUGCCCCUGCCCCGUCUGGGACCGAGCCGUUCCCGGGCUGUGGCCGCACAGACAGCGCUGGCAGCGGCGGAGCGACAGCGGCUCAGACACACACACACACACACACGCUCACUCACUCACACACAGAGGGAGAUACAGGAACUGGAGCAGCGAGAGGAGGAGCUGAUGGAGAACGGCACGUUGCAACUGUGUGAUGUUGGGAUCAUCAACAAAAAGAUCGAGAAGAUCUCCGUCAAACCUCUGCAAAACGGAACGGUGCUCGUACAACAGGAAUGUGCCUUCACAGAAGGACAGUAUGUCUUGUCAAGAUGGACAGAUGGGUUGGUCUACCUUGGAAAAAUCAAGAAGGUGAACAAACACAAGCAAAAUUGUCUCUUGGUGUUCGAAGAUAACUCUGAGUUUUGGAUUCUUUGGAAAGAUAUUCAGCAUGCCGGAGUUCCUGGGGAAGAGCCGAAAUGUGAAAUCUGCUCAGAGAAAAACUCCAUUCCACCCAACGAAAUCUUGGUCUGUGGCAAGUGUGGUCUGGGUUAUCAUCAGUUGUGCCACAAUCCCAAUGUAGACCGGCCAAACCAUGUAUCCACCGCGCCCUGGUUCUGUCGACAGUGUAUAUUUGCAUUGGCUGUCAGGAAAGGAGGUGCGUUGAGAAAGGGACCCCUCGCCAAAGCCUUGCAGAGCGUUAAACAGGCUUUGCCCUACAUCAUGCACGAGCUGAACUGGGACUCUCUGCACAGAACUAACCUACAACAGUGUUACUGUUACUGUGGGGGCCCUGGAGAGUGGUAUCUGAAGAUGCUGCAGUGCUGCCGAUGUAGGCAGUGGUUUCAUGAAGCCUGCACUCAAUGCCUGAAUGAAGCCAUGCUGUUUGGAGACAGAUUCUAUUUGUUUGUUUGUUCAGUAUGCAAUAAAGGGCCGGAAUAUAUCAAACGCCUGCCCCUCAGAUGGGUAGAUGUUGUGCACCUCGUCUUGUACAAUUUAGGAGUCCGUGGUAAAAAGAAAUACUUUGACUUUGAAGAGGAAAUUUUUAUAUUUAUUAAUCAAAACUGGUUGAGUCUCCAACUUGGAAAGCUGACAGAAACCGCCAUGCUGGAACGAAAGCAGCAUCUCCUGAAUGCGUUAAACAGCUAUAAAAGCCGAUUUAUCUGUGGUAAAGAAAUUAAGAAGAAGAAAUGUAUUUUCCGUCUCCGCACACGAGUGCCGCCAGUUCCUCCUAAUGUGAUUCUGCCCGAUAACAUCGGCCAGUUGACCGAUCACGCCUCCACCGAGAUCAAGAGACGAGGGAAAAACGUGUUGCCUCGCCGGCCACAGCUGCCACUGAAAUGGGGCCGGAGGAACAGGAAGUCGAGCUGGUUUCUGCAGGAUGCUGUGCCAAAGAGCGAUUUCUCAACAGCUGAGAGCACGAGCUACCACUUGGCCAACAUAUUUGACUUUACAGUGGACGACAUGCAGAGUUUGAAAAGCGAUCGCUCGGAGGAAAGCUUCAACAUGGACCUGGAUUCGACAGAUGCAGCAAGCACAUCUGGAUCUGCCUCAACAAGCUCCUCUGGUGACUCCCGAAGGAUGGCGGGAAGCCAAAAGAGAAAGGCGCCCAUGGAAUACUCGCUGAACGGCAACGACAGCCGUAAGGAAGCCGUCUACACGCGCACGGCCAACGGAUUGGGUCGGGCGGAGCAAGCAAUGGAGAAUAACUACCACAGCGUGCACACCUUUGACAGCAUGAGCGAUGACGAGACCUCCAUCUCCAACCUCAAGUCGUCCAUCAGCAGCUACCUUGGCGCGGCGGGCAGGCUGGCGUGCAGAGAGAGGUUCCACGUCCUGGCCCGCAGGGAGACGCUGGAUGGCAGCGUCCAGUACCUCGUUCAGUGGGAAGGCACCACACCGUACUGAGCCGCAGCUGGGACCCCCCCCCCCCAGCCCGCUCGGCAACCCCAGGGUUCAGCCCCAGGGCCUGAAACCAUCGCACGUGCCUGGUGCAAGGUGAAAAAAACAGCCACCUUCUGUGGAGCCUCGUGGAGACCAGAGAGAGACUGUUAAUUGAAGACUUGAGAUCGUAGGCAUUCGCUGUGCCAACGCAUUUAAGACAACGUUGGUAUCGCAUCCGCUUUCUGCUGCUAGUAGUCGCUAGUGUUAGUUAAUACUCGACCGAGGAGCAUUUACAGUGCAAUCCUGAGAUGUAUUUGUAAUGAAUGAAUACUGGACUGGCUUUACCCGCCCACGAGUGCAGUGGAGGGGGGAGUGUAUGUGGAGAGCGGGCAGCAUCUGCCCCCACACUGACCCCACGAUUCACCACCCUCUGCUCACUCCGCCUGGUCCUGCCUCAUCGAGACCCGUCAAUGGCUCCAGAGUUGAUUUGCAAGCCCUAUUCAAAGAUGGUCCUGUGCUUCAGGGAAGGAAAACGGGAAGUUUUAUUUGACCAAGUGACUGAGGAUGAGAGGAGAAAGUUGUGAAUGUAAAUGGAAUGUGAUUCGUUUUUGUUCUUGUUGCAGGUUUAAGGAGUGAAGGCGGAGAGAGCGGUGAUUGGAAAUGGAUGUUGUGUACUGAGAAUGUUUCAUUGUAGAGUGGGAACAGGCCUGACUAAGUUGAUCUUGGAGGCUCCAGUGUAUCUGCUGCAUAUUUAAUCUAUUUCCACCCACAGCUCUGCUUUAGAUUUAGAAUCACACCAGCUGUCAUGUAGCCACUUGUGAAUGAUCAAAGUGCACCUGACUUUGGAGAGACCGCUCUCAGCUGCUUGAAUCUGCUACUAGCCGGCUUUAUGGAAAGAUUCAGACUGUGGCUAAAGUCAGUGGCCUUGUCCGUUGAUCUGUGUUGUCCCGGCUGCUGCUCCUCAACGCCUCUCGCAAGGGGCUCCAGGGUGCCCUGUGCUGUGGGUGAAGCCAGGCUAUGUACACAAUGCUUUGACACAAUGUGAAUGGACAUGAUUUUUAUACAGUGCUGCUCUCGCUGUGUGGAUCUGACCAGGCAGAUUUCACACCUCGCAAUUUACACCCUUUGAGAACCGGCUGGGCCCACCUGCGCCGACGGCCGCUGUUACACCGCUGUGCCCGUGGCUUUCCGCGGCAUUGGCGCCGUGUGCUGGUCACACCGUGGUCGCCUGGUCUUUCCUCUCACCUGCCUGUUUGCUGCUUGAAAGAUUUCAUGCUGCUCCCAUUCUUUCUGGGGAAGCUCUGUCAGAUUUGCACUAUCCUGCCCCCUCACCUUUCACCGGGUGAUUUGCACCUUUUGCUUCUCGUUCACCCCAGGGGAAGAGAAGAGCAUGGGAUUCUGGAAAGAAUCCUUUCAUUGAAACGUGAGCACCCCAAUCUAAAUGAAGUUAGACGUGUAGAAACAAGGAACAACAGAUGCUGGUUAAUACACAAAGGACACUAGGUGUUGGAGUAUGUCAGCGGACCAGCCAGGAUCUCUGGCGUUCAUGGAUAGGUGAUGUUUCAUGGACAGGACAUCAGAAGGCCUGGAUAGAGUGGAUGUGGAGAGGAUGUGUCCACUAGUGGGAGAGUCUAGGACCAGAGGCCAUAGCCUCAGAAUUAAAGGAUGUUUCUUUAGAAAGGGGGUGAGGAGGGAUUUUUUUAGUCAGAUGGUGGUGAAUCAGUGGAAUUCUUUGCCACACGUCAAUGGAUAUUUUUCAGGCAGAGAUAGGUAGAUUUUUGAUUCUCUAGAAUUUAGGAGAUCGAGAGGGGAUCUUAUAGAAACCUACAAAAUUUUUAAGGGGUUGGACAGGCUAGAUGCAGGAAGAUUGUUCCCGAUGUUGGGGAAGUCCAGAACAAGGGGUCACAGCUUAAGGAUAAGGGGGAAAUCCUUUAAAAACCGAGAUGAGAAGAACUUUUUUCACACAGAGUGGUGAAUCUCUGGAACUCUCUGCCACAGAGGUGAGUUCAGGCCAGUUCAUUGGCUAUAUUUAAGAGGUAGUUAGAUGUGGCCCUUGUGGCUAAGGGGAUCAGGGGGUAUGGAGAGAAGGCAGGUACGGGAUACUGAGUUGGAUGAUAAGCCAUGAUCAUAUUGAAUGGCGGUGCAGGCUCGAAGGGCCGAAUGGCCUACUCCUGCACCUAGUUUCUAUGUUUCUAUCACUUGUCCAGAGAUGCUGCCUGCCCCGCUGAGCUACUCCAGCACUUUGUGUCCUUUUAAAUAAAGCAUGAUUCUGGCCAGAGUCUUCUGCACGCUCCCAAGGGGAGGAUUGGUGGAGAGUCAACCUCUGGAGAAAACGGAUGGGUGACGUUUCGAGUCAAGACCCCUUCAGACUUCUCCAGAGAUACAGCCUAAACCUGCUGAGUUACUCCAGCACUUUGUGUUUAACUUCGGUACAAACCAGCAUCUGCAGUUCCUUGAUACACAGGAGAGCCAACCUCCCUUCCUUGAGUGACUGAGUGCUGCCAGGCACUUGUCCUGGGUGCGGCAUCACAGGUCCCUGUGCCAGUGUUGGUGCCAGGGCAGAGGCUGCCAGUCCUGGAGCAGCCAUCUCCUCUGGCCGCUGCUGUUGUGUUGCUCGCUGACCUGACUUGAAGCACCAACUGUGAUCCCACUGGGUGUGUGAGACUGACGGAGAGCAGAGACUAAAUCAGCCUCUCACGAGUUUGGCACUAAAGGACCUGAAACCUCACUGGUUCACUUUAGCAGGAAAGCUGCAGAAAGGCCGUUUGUUCUCAAAGGGUUAAGCUUUAAUAUAUUUGUAUGUGCCAACCUGGUGUCACCAAUGAGAUGCGAAGGGACAUCAGGUGCUUUAGUUCCUAUUGAUAAUCAAAAUGUAUGAUUUAUAUUGACACAGUUAAAUGUUUUUAGUGCAAAAGUGAAGGUAGUUCUACAAAUUCUUCUAAAUGCCGCAUAGCCCUUUCAAUGAUAACAGCAGAUUGCUCUCGAUGUACCAAAGCUAUUGUUUUUUUUCCUGAGAGAUGUGUAAUUCUCUGAUGUAUCCCUUGCGCAUGGACCUUGUUUCCAAAAAUACUGGAGACUUUAGCCGAUAAGAUCAUAGAGAGUCAUAGAGUGAUACAGCGUGGAAACAGGCCCUUCAGCCCAACCUGCCCACACCGACCAACAUGUCCCAUCUACACUAGUCCCGCCUGCCUGCGUUUGGCCCAUAUCCCUUCAAACCUGUCCUAUACAUGUACCUAUCUAAUUGUUUUAUAAACGUUACAAUAGUCCCUGCCUCAACUACCUCCUCUGGCAGUUUGUUCCAUUCACCCACCACCCUUUGUAUGAAAACGUUAUCCCUCAGGUUCCUAUUGAAUCUUUCCCCCCUCACCGUCAACCUAUAUCAUCUGUUUCUUGAUUCCCCUUCUCUGGUCUACCCCAUCUAUUCCUCUCGUGAUUAUAUAUAUUUUUUAUAUCAUAUCAGAUCCAUCAUAUCUUGACGAUGCCCUAUUUUAAAUAUUUAAUGGAGAAAGAUCACCUUUCUUGGUGAACCAAAAAGUGGCUCAAUAUUGCGUGGCAUUUCCACAUGUGCCGUACAUGAUCAUUGUGAAUGUUGGAUCCAUCAGGCCCACUUGGUCAAGGACUUUUGUCUUUCGAUUACACCCCCCCCCCCCCCUCAACUCAUCUGCUCCUGAACUCCUAAUCAGUGUUUCAGUCAUCUCCACAACAUACCCUUUAAAGCUCCCCACAACCAUCUCAGUCAUUGAUUUGAGCAAUGCCUUGAUUUUGUAUUGAUUGAUUGAAAGAUACACCAUGGACACAGGACCACUGAGUCCACACUGACCAUCGAUCGCCCCUUCACACUAGUUCUAUGUUAUCCCAUUUUCUCAUCCACUCCCUACACACCUCGGGCAAUUUACAGGGGCCAAUUAAUCUACAAACCCGCCUGUUUAGGAUGUGGGGGGGAAACCUGAGCACCCGGAGGAAACUCACGUGGUGCCAUGCAAACUCCACACAGACAGCAUCUGAGGUGUCUCAGAACCCGGGUCUCUGGCGCUGUGAGGUAGUGGCUUAACUCGCUGUGCUACUGAUUUCAAUAUGUUCACCCUGUGUUUUUCAUGGUUGGCCACCGCUCCCUGCAAUCUCCCACACCCCCUCUGAGGUACAGCCUUUCCUCCAAUCCUUGCCUCUUGACUGUUAACUGGGCAGCACAGUGGUAGAGUUGCUGCCUUGCAGCGGCAGAGACGUGGGUUCGAUCCUGGCUACAGGUGCUUGUCUGUACGGAGGUACGUUCUCCCUGUGACCUACCUGCGUUUUAUCCGAGGACUUCACUCCAUAAACAUAUUGGCUUGUAGGUUAAUUGUUUUGGUGUAAGUGUAAAAAUUGUCACCGUGUAGGAUAUGGGGAUCGCUAGACAAUGUGGACUGAGUGGGCCCAAGGGCCUGUUUCUGCACUGUAACACUAAACUAAACUAACCUGCUGUACCAUUGGUAGUUGUGCCAAAUCAUUGGAAGUCCCUCCCUAACUUGCCUCAUCCCUGGCUCCUCCGACCCACUGCUCCAUAAAGCCCAACCCUUCGGCCAAACCUUCAACCUUCUCCCCAUUUUUCUCCCCCACGAGGUUUGCUUCGGACCAAACCUGCAAGGGGUGUAGGCAGGAACUGCAGAUGCUGGUUCACACCAAAGAUAGACACAAAAUGCUGGAGUAACUCAGUGGGUCAGGCAACAUCUCCGGAGAAAAGGAAUAGGUGACGUUUCGAGUCAAGAGAC